CUCUUUACGCCCCUGCCGAACAGAACAAACAGAAAGCCCCUCCUUUUACUCCACGUCUAUUAUAAGUCGAUUGAUCUAGAAAUCUCUUUGGUCAGAGAUGGCACCCAAGGCAGAGAAGAAGCCGGCGGAGAAAAAGCCAGUUGCCGAGAAGGCCCCAGCCUCGGCGGAGAAGAGACCGAAAGCGGAAAAGAAGAUCUCCAAGGAAGGAGGCGAAAAGAAGAAGAAGAAGAUAAAGAAGAGCAGCGAGACCUAUAAAAUCUACAUCUUCAAGGUCUUGAAACAGGUCCAUCCUGAUAUUGGAAUCUCGAGCAAGGCAAUGGGGAUUAUGAAUAGUUUUAUUAAUGAUAUUUUCGAGAAGCUUGCACAAGAGGCGUCAAGAUUGGCUAGGUAUAACAAGAAACCGACGAUUACGUCCAGGGAGAUUCAGACAGCCGUCCGAUUGGUGCUUCCUGGAGAGCUGGCAAAGCAUGCUGUUUCUGAGGGGACGAAAGCAGUUACCAAAUUUACUAGUUCUUGAAUCGGUUGUUGAGAGAUCUCAUUCGAUGGUUUAAUUGGGAAUUUUAGGUUAUUGUGUUUAUUUAUCUGAUAUUGAUUGAGAUAGAUGUGAUUCUUGAACAUAUUCUAAUGGACGGUUGUUUGAAAUCGGAAA